AACCUCACACCAUAAACGGCCCGUCGUUUGCCGGAAGCCACUACGCGAAACGGCAGCGUAUGAACGGUGGAAAAACGAGUAAUUAGCAUAAACGAAAUCUUUGCACUUAUUACAAAACGGUUGCAAAUUUUUAAUUUGUAAUGAUAAGGUAACGACGGGCUUUGCUCAAGCAGAUCCAGAAAUUCUCCGUGUCACAUGAUGUGGGGGGCUCGAGCAGCUGCAUACAUUUUUACUCGACUUAACUUUGCUAUAGCUAAAGGAGUGGGACCCAUAUUGUAUCUCGGCUGCCCACUAAUUUUUUUUGUAGACGUUUGUUUUUCUAUUUUCCAUAAUAAUAAUUAUUAUUAAUAAUAAGGUAACAAAAGUUUAAAAUUGUAUGAUAUGGUCAUUUCUGUUUAAUUUGUAACCGUUUUGUAUAUGAAUUUCAAAGUUUUGUUACCAAAUUUGUACAAAUUAAAGGUUUGUGGCUGUUUUGAGGUCGGAUCGUGCGUUCAUCAAGUAUAUGAUACUAACCACUUGAAUGACAUAUGAGAUGUCAGAUCGUAUGUUCACCAAUAUACUUGUUUUUCCGAAUAAGAAUGUCCUCUGUUUAUCUUUCAAUUUUAAUACAGAAAGUAAGAAAGUAGGCCAAGUUUCUUCAACUAAAAAACAUUAUGUAACCCAAUUGCGAGGAGUUGAAUUCCCUCACUAUCAUAAUUUGUUUUUUUACGAGUAUUGUCAUCAUUUAUUACGAUCAUAUCAUUCACUAAAUUAACAAAGUCAUUAUAUCUUGAUUGGAGCGAAUUGUAACUGAGAUGGAUUGUUCAAACAUUUGAACCUUGUACAAAACAGUCACAAAAAGUUUAAUUUUGUAACAACAUAAUAGCAAUAGUUUGAAUUUGUAUAAAAUGGUCACACGAUUUAAUUUGUGACCAUUUUGUUUUAAGUAUAAAGUUUUGUUACUAUAUUGUUACAAAUUAAAGGUUUAUAACCAUUUUAUACUAAGUGUUUGUGACUGAUUAGUAAUUACCCGUGCAGAUAAAAUCGCGAAGAGCCGGAAAUGGUAGCGAAACUUACACACGAGUUGUUGCGGAGGAGGGAGCACCGAAUUUGGGUAGAGAGUGUGAUAGAUAGUAGAGAAUCCCAAAUCCAAUCGCCACCUUCCCUUCCACCUAGGGUUUUCGAUUCCUCCCACGCGAAUCCAUGGCGACGGCGAAACCGAAUCAGCGGCAGAGACAGUCGGCAGCGUCGGCGGCGGUUGCGAAGCGGAAGCCGGUGUUCGUGAAAGUCGACCACCUGAAACCAGGGACUCAAAACCACAACCUGAUCGUGAAAGUCUUGUCCUUCAACGCCGUCCUAGGGAAGGCCCCCCGGCCAGCGGCGGCGGCAGCAGCGUCUCAGCGCCCCCAAAAAACUCGCAUCGCCGAGUGCCUUGUCGGCGACGAGACCGGGACUAUCCUCCUCAAAGCUCGCAAUGAGCAAGUUGACUUGGUGAAGCCAAACACCACGAUCAUAAUCCGGAACGCAAAGAUCGACAUGUUCAAGGGCUCCAUGAGGCUGGCUGUAGACAAGUGGGGUCGCAUCGAAGCCACCGAACCUGCUAAUUUCACGGUAGAAGAGGACAACAACCUGUCGCUCGCGGAGUACGAACUGGUGACUGUCGCUGCAGAUGAGUAGAGCGGACUGCUUUCACGAUUGGUGGUGUUCGUCUUAGGGGGAGUUCAUAUUAAGCCUCUAGAGGCACGAUCAAGAGUUUUUCGGGUUCUCUUACAUUUGUUGUCCUGAGGUGGUGGGUGGUAAAUGCUAUUUGGGGAAGCAUUCUCAAUCUUGUUUCUGAGUGGUAUACAGGACCUCUCUAAAAGUUUGGUUCUCCAGUAUCUGGUAAAUUGAACUACCUGAUCUUAACCCUUUUGUUGUUGAAGCUGUUGAUAGUAGAAUGCUCUCUGUUCGGUUCAUCAUAUCUAUGUCCUCCAGUGUUUGAAACAUGAAACACAUGUGCUUCCUCCUACCCUUUUUGUUAUGUUCUUACCAAAUUAUAGUGAAGGUUGUCCUGGAUUUAAUGGUCUCCUAUGAAAACCAAUGCAUGUCACCCAAUACAACAUUCCAUACUAUCCAUCCAAAUCAAACUUCACGAGUGGACGAUGGUCGUAAGUUGAAUUUGAGAUCUUCGGAGUAAAAACGAGCAGUGAAA